AUGGAUGAUCUGGAAAAAGAAGGAUAUUAUAUCUCACCUGGUAUCUCACUUAAUGAAGCUCUCAAAAAGAAAAGGAAGAAAGAGGAAGAUAACGUCCAUGAAAAUAAGCCUAAAAAGAUCUCAAAACCACAAGCCAUGAUUCAAGAGUUAUCAGUCAUACCAAUUUCCAAUGAACCAUCAAUCACUGCACCUUCUGAAGAUUCCAACAUGGAAAAGAGUAAGUCCCCACAGAUGUCAUAUACAGAAUUCAACAGUGAAGUUAGAGAACAUCUUCUGAAAAAUCUCAAUAAUGCUAUGGUACGAAAGAGAACAGACACUGCUAGAAAAAUUUAUGAUGUGUUUAGCAAACUUGGAGAAAAUAAAAUUCAGCAGGUUAAAUCAUUUACUGCAUCUAACUUUUCUGAUUUAACUAGAACCAUGAUUCAAGAGUUAUCAGUCAUACCAAUUUCCAAUGAACCAUCAAUCACUGCACCUUCUGAAGAUUCCAACAUGGAAAAGAGUAAGUCCCCACAGAUGUCAUAUACAGAAUUCAACAGUGAAGUUAGAGAACAUCUUCUGAAAAAUCUCAAUAAUGCUAUGGUACGAAAGAGAACAGACACUGCUAGAAAAAUUUAUGAUGUGUUUAGCAAACUUGGAGAAAAUAAAAUUCAGCAGGUUAAAUCAUUUACUGCAUCUAACUUUUCUGAUUUAACUAGAAGUGAGAGUAAGUCCCCACAGAUGUCAUAUACAGAAUUCAACAGUGAAGUUAGAGAACAUCUUCUGAAAAAUCUCAAUAAUGCUAUGGUACGAAAGAGAACAGACACUGCUAGAAAAAUUUAUGAUGUGUUUAGCAAACUUGGAGAAAAUAAAAUUCAGCAGGUUAAAUCAUUUACUGCAUCUAACUUUUCUGAUUUAACUAGAAGUGAG